AUGAGUUUCUUUGUACCACAUAACAUUUUAUUCCUUAAAGGCUUCAUCACCUUGUUCCUUACUUGUAUUAUUGCCACAAGGUUUAACUUUUGUGUUUUCAAUUCCAACAUCCCUUUUUCAUUAAAAACACUUCCACUUGAAGGACAUUUGAGUUUUGAUGAAACUAAUCUUAACAAAGCAUCAUCAGACUUUGGUAAUCGGUACCAAUAUCAUCCUGUUGCAGUUCUUGAUCCAAAUUCAGUUUCAGAUAUUGCAACCAUGAUAAAGCAUAUAUGGAAUAUGGGACCUAGCUCUCAUCUCACAGUUGCAGCAAGAGGACAUGGACAUUCACUUCAAGGACAAUCACAAACUCAAGGAGGAGUUGUGAUCAAAAUGGAAUCACUCAAAGAAAGUGAAAUGCAGGUACAUGUGGGGAACUUUUCUCCAUAUGUGGAUGCGUCAGGGGGUGAGUUGUGGAUAAAUAUAUUGCAUGAGACUCUAAGAUAUGGGUUGGCACCAAGAUCAUGGACAGAUUAUUUGCAUCUAACUGUUGGUGGAACUCUCUCCAAUGCUGGUGUUAGUGGACAAGCGUUUAAGCAUGGUCCUCAGAUUAGCAAUGUUCAGCAGCUUCAGAUUGUUACAGGAACAGGGGAGGUGGUAAACUGUUCUGAGGAGAAAAACCAAGAACUCUUUCACAGUGUUCUUGGAGGGCUAGGCCAAUUCGGCAUUAUAACACAGGCGAGAAUUCUGCUUGAGGAAGCACCUUCCAUGGUAAAAUGGAUUAGAGUGCUAUACUCAGAUUUUGAAGCAUUCACUAGAGACCAAGAGAGAUUAAUAUCUCAAGAUAAUGCAUUUGAUUACAUUGAAGGAUUUGUUAUAAUCAACCGAACUGGUCUGCUAAAUAACUGGAGAUCAUCUUUCAACCCACAAGAUCCAGUUCAAACCAGUCAUUUCAUCUCAGAUGGAAAAACUCUCUUCUGCCUAGAAUUAGCUAAAUACAUCAUCUUUCAACCAAUACAUAUAGUAAAUCAGGAAGUGGAGAGACAUUUGUCAGAUUUAAACUAUAUCCAAUCAACCCUUUUUGUAACAGAAGUGACAUAUGUAGAAUUCUUAGACAGAGUACAUGUAUCUGAGAUGAAAUUGCGUUCAAAAGGGUUGUGGGAUGUUCCACAUCCAUGGCUCAAUCUUUUUAUACCAAAAAGCAAAAUACACAGUUUUGCACAAGUUGUCUUUGGGAAUAUCCUAACACAAACAAGCAAUGGUCCUGUCCUUAUUUACCCAGUAAACAAAUCAAAGUGGGAUAAUAGAAGUUCAGUUGUUAUUCCAGAUGAAGAUAUUUUCUACUUAGUGGCAUUUCUUACAUCUGCAGUACCUUGUUCAAAUGGAUGUGAUGGAUUAGAACACAUACUAAGUCAGAAUAAAAGAAUUUUAGAGUACUGUGAAAGAGAAAAUCUUGGAGUAAAGCAAUAUUUGCCACACUACAAUACACAAGAGGAGUGGAGGGACCAUUUUGGUACUCGAUGGGAGGCUUUUAGGCAAAUAAAAUUAGUUUAUGACCCUUUUGCAGUACUUGCUCCUGGCCAAAGAAUUUUUCAAAAAACAACAACUGCAUCCUCAUUUUAG